AUGCGCUUCGCUGACAUGGAGUCCCUGAGGUACCGGGAAACGGAUAUAGAUGCUCAGGAGGUAGAGACUUGGCCGGGAGAUGGCGAAUGGGAGCCCUGGAUGACGCAGUACGUGGGAGUAGGCCGAGCUUAUACUCUUCAAGUGCCACCUGAGACCGCCCAUGCAGUGCAGUUUCGCGUCCGUGCCUGCGGACGGGCAGAGAGCCUGGCUGGUCCCGGACCAGUAAGUGUGGGCUGCAGUGCUUGGAGCCCCGUGCAGACUGCGUACACGCUUGUGAGCGCUGUCCAGGACAAGGUGAAUCUGAUGGUGCGAGGCAUGGGAAUGCGUCGUGACGAGACAGGAUUGGUACUCGCAAUCUUUCGGCGCUUGGACUUCUCGCUGCAAUGGCUCCGGACUUAUGACACGCAUCGGAAUCGCACGGAGGCGCUACAAAUGGCGGAAAAAAUCCGGCAGUACAAUGCCAGCUUCUUUGUGGUCGUUGCCUCUUCCAUUGCCUGGGAGUGGCAAGCCCCAAGAACGUUGGUUCAGACAAUGGAGUUCUGUGGAGCAUACCAUUUCGGGCAAUGGGCAAACACCUUUGCGGAACAGGUCCGCUACCGCUCGAACACCUCAGACCUGCAGCAGACAGCGUCUCAGGAACAGUUCGGGCAUCCAUAUGCAUUUAUUGGAAUCCCGGGCAUUGGCACUGCCAUGGGCUGGGAGUCUUUGAUGUACAACACGGGACACUACCUGGCGAGAUCUGUGAAACCUCAGCAGGCCAUCAUCCGAGGCGUCGCGUAUUACGACUACGUGGCACGUCUUUAUCGCCUGCAGGACAUUUCUGCGACGAAGGCGCUCUUCUUCUUGAAAGGCCAGCCGCCGCUGCCUGAAACUCUCCACAACCCAGUUCCGCGGCGCAAGAUUCCUGCGCUUGAUUUCUUUGCCUUGGUGUCGAUGACUCCUGCUUACACACCGUACAUUGGGACCCUGCGGGAGCAUAUCACGAAGGUGCUCGAGGCAAAUGGUACUGUCAUUCCGUACAACUUUGCGUUCUACCUCAAGACAGAUGCCAAUGUCAUAAAGGUGGACCCUCGCCCUCGCAGCUGGUGGCUCACUGAACUCGAACGUGUCUGGGGCGGGGCAAGCAUGCGCAACUUCCAGCACAAUGGCACUAUUCUUCAUCAGGGCCACGACUUCGCGGACAGGAGUUGUCCGAGUUUCGUCAAGCACACGCACCUGUUUGCGGAUCCCUUGUCCUGCGGUCAAAACUACCAGGACUGCUGUGACCGCAUUGAUGUGCCGGACUUCCCUGUGACUGAGUGCGGUAUUGGAGUCUCGCCCACCUUAUGUCAAAAUACAGACUCCAUCGAGGUCUUCUGCCUGGAAACCAACAGGACCACAUCAUACAAGUGGCCUUGUGAUUUCCGCAUCAUGAACUGGACUGCCUGA